AUGUCCGGGGAAGCUACCAUCAGACUGGCAACUCCCGAGGGCAAGUUCACCCCGCAUUCCCUUCAAUGCUUCUCCGCACGAGUCGGCCAUCGCUGCGAGAAGGUCUCACGGCCCUUACUGACUCCAUGCGAAAUUGCAGAUGUCCCUUACAUCCUCCAAUUCAUCCGAGAGCUAGCCGACUACGAAAAGGCUCUCCAUGAGGUCGAAGCCACCGAAGAAUCCCUCCUGGCCACACUCUCCUUCCCCAAUGACACCCCCAAGCGAGGCUCCGUCUACACAGCCCUCGUUAUCCCCCCCGCCACAGCAGAAAACCCAUCCCCCGUACCUGUUGGUAUGGCCCUGUUCUUCUACAACUACUCGACAUGGCGAUCGGCUCCGGGAAUCUACCUUGAGGACCUUUACGUGCAGCCCAGCGCCCGAGGCAAGGGAUAUGGGUUCAAGCUUUUGAAGUACUUGGCUGCAAAGGUGUUGGAGGUGAAGGGCCGCCGUCUAGAGUGGAGUGUCCUCAAGUGGAAUGAGCCCAGCAUCAAGUUUUACAAGCAGGUAGGGGCCCAGGCUAUGGAGGAGUGGAUGAAAAUGAUGGUUGAGGGGCCGGCCCUGAAUAAGUUGGCGGAGGGACUGUAG